CCUCGAUUUCUUAUCGCAGAAUUACUUUACUACUUUACCACGUUUGCAGUAUUGUGGUUCACGAAUUGUUCGUGAAACUUUUAUAGACUUAGAGGUUUAAGGACGUUCAACGCGUUGCUACGGGGAGCGCGCAUGCGAGUUUAAUUACCUGCUUGUUUUGCAUGCAUGUUUUGCGCUGUUUUGUAAAAUGAGUUAAGAAUAAAAUCUCUCCUGACAUUUUUUUUAAACGUCUGAAAUGCGUGAAAGUUUAAACUGGACUUUGCCUUGGAACAGAAACUUUUGCGCAUGCAACACAAACUCUGGACAGAUCACAUCUUUGCGUCUAGUUUGUGCGCUAAGGAGCCGCGUUCUGGACUUUUGAUCAUGUCACCGUUGCGCGCACAUUACAAACUUUACGACCUUCAUCAUUAAAAUAAACAAGGGCUUAUUUAUUUUUACGAAAAAACUUUUUUUUGUUGGUGAAUCAUUUUUAAAUCUAGCAAAAAUCUCGACGGACGCACGCGUUGGAUUUGCAAUCUCCGGCGUAACGGGGUCCCGCAAGCAGAUUUAACAUUUAACCCACAACGCUACGGGAUAGCAUGGCAAUGGUAGUAAACCAGUGGCAGGAAAGCAUCGCAGCAGACCCCAGCUCUCAGCUGCAGAUGUGCGGCCAGGAGCCCGGCGGAGCCCCUACCACCCCGUCCGGCUCCACGCCGGGGACCGACGCGCUGGGAGCAGACAAGCUUACCAACGUGGACUGCAUGGUGUGCGGGGACAAAUCGAGCGGUAAACACUACGGCCAGUUCACAUGUGAGGGCUGCAAGAGCUUUUUUAAGCGCUCUGUGCGACGCAACCUGACCUACAGCUGCCGCGGGAACCGGGACUGUCCUGUGGACCAGCACCACCGCAACCAGUGCCAGUACUGCCGCCUCAAGAAAUGCCUUAAAGUGGGCAUGAGGAGAGAAGCUGUCCAGCGAGGACGCAUGUCCAGCUCUCAGUCAAGUCCAGGCCAGUACCUAGCCAAUGGAAAUGACCCUUACAAUGGACAGCCUUACCUGUCAGGCUUUAUCUCACUGUUGCUGCGAGCGGAGCCAUACCCCACGUCCCGCUAUGGUGCUCAGUGCAUGCAGUCAAACAAUCUGAUGGGCAUCGAGAAUAUCUGCGAGUUAGCGGCUCGUCUUCUUUUCAGCGCUGUAGAGUGGGCCAAGAACAUUCCCUUCUUUCCAGACCUGCAACUUAUGGACCAGGUGGCACUGUUGCGGAUGUCGUGGAGCGAGCUGUUUGUGCUAAAUGCUGCGCAGUGUUCCAUGCCACUACAUGUAGCACCCCUGCUGGCUGCUGCUGGCCUGCAUGCCUCCCCUAUGUCGGCCGAGCGCGUGGUGGCCUUCAUGGACCAUAUCCGCGUCUUUCAGGAGCAGGUGGAGAAGCUGAAGGCCUUGCAGGUGGACACUGCUGAGUACUCCUGCCUUAAAUCCAUUGUGCUGUUUACUUCAGAUGCUAUGGGUCUGUCAGAUGUUGCCCAUGUGGAGAGCAUACAGGAGAAGUCUCAGUGUGCCCUUGAGGAGUAUGUAAGAAACCAGUACCCCAACCAGCCCAACCGUUUCGGGCGACUGCUGCUGCGGCUUCCGUCACUGCGCAUCGUCUCAUCGCCCGUCAUCGAGCAGCUCUUCUUUGUGCGCCUAGUGGGCAAAACACCAAUUGAGACACUGCUCAGGGACAUGCUGCUUUCUGGUUCUAGCUACAACUGGCCCUACAUGCCCGUCCAGAGAGAACGGCCACUUUCCCUUCACUACAAUGAGAACGGGCCUUGACCUCAUCCUUAGCAGAACAUCUUCUAGUUCUCAUCAGCAUCUGUUUGACAUUCAAAUGAGCCAACAGUCAAGUCUGUGGUUGGGAAUGGAACUCACGAGAGCUGUUCAGCAGUCGCUCUGUAAUGUUUACGAUCGUGACUGAGAGCUUGCAUCAGUGCUGACUGACAAGUAAUUUUCGGAGUCCAUUUCUGAUUUUUAAACAAACCAGAAGCCAUUAAAGCAGAUACCAAAGUGGGCAUCUUUUUUACCAGGAGAUUUUGAGACAUUUGGUCUGUGUGGGGUUUAAAGAGAACUUUUAUCCUAAAGAGACUGAAGAACUCAGAAAGUGUGCAGCUGUACUGCAUUUAUGUGAGAAACAUUAAAGCUGGUUAGUAAAGUGACAAGUGAGACUGAAUAUGUAAGCCAGCUUUAGAGCCAUUGCCAAAUCAAAAAUGGUAUGAGAACUGUGUGCCAGUAUUGGUGACAAAAGUUUGUAUUCGUCUCAGUGUUAUUUUAGGUCUCUGAAGGAAUUUAAAACAUGAAAGAGGCACUUCAGUCAACCCAUUUUCUCUAUGCUCUUUUCAGCUACCACCAAAAAACUAGCACAGGUAGGUAGAAACAAUAUAGUUGCCAAAAAAGGUCUUAGUCCAUAUUUUUUUUAUGUUAUUAAGCAAAACACAAAACAAUAUAUCAGUCGGGACCUCAGCUAAACAUAUAGUCGGCUCUUAAGAACAGAACUCCAAGCUAUAUGAAGCAACAGUAUUUUGUAAUUUUUCUAGCAUUUUGUUCGAGUCUGUUGAAGUUCAGCUGUCACAGUUGUAACAUGGCACUACAGCUUUUAAAGGCAACACUUGGAUGUAUAAACCACAGGGGCCUAAGAAAGCACGACCUGUUAUAUUAGUUCACAGAAUAUUUCUAUAAGAGUUUUUUCUGUAUUUUAGGUUUGAAAGAAAAGAAUCAGUGAAAUAAAAGUUUUCAUUCACAACAUUAAA